UAAGCCCUGGGGAGGAGAAAAGAGUUUCCCCUGGGCUUGGCUGAGAGGCAAACACCAGCUCAGCCUUUCCAGGGAUUUUUGAAGCUUCGCUGGACCGGAGCAGAACUUUCCUCCAGCCUGCAAGGACCCGCGUCAUGUGCAUCGGAGGAGAGGCAGGAGACCUCUAACCAUUAGAGUCAUCGCCCCGGGUGACGAGCACCUAACGGGCCGGGCGCCCCUUCUCAGGCAGGAAGAAGGCUCCUGGACCAGGGUGGGCACGUGGUGCCACGCCAGGCCCUGCUGCCUCUGAAUGGGCCGCUUGACAGAUGACAGCAGUGGAGGAGAGCGUGCUGCAGACCUGGAAGUCCAGCCCGGAUGCUUCGGACCCAGACCUGCACUACGAGGAGGAGGAAGAGGAGGAGGCGGAGCUCUCUGACACCAGCAGCAUCCUCUCCGAUGACUCUGUCUACCCCUGCUACGAGCCCGCCCCGGCCACGGAUGGUGGGCAGGAGCUCACCUUCUACCAGAGCUGUGCCAGGAACAAGGCCAAGCUGCUGCAGGAGGUGCUGGCAUGCGGGGUGAGCCCGGAGCAGGUCAUGGAAUUGGAUAUCAACGGAAGGAAUGGGCUCAUGGUGGCCUGCUUCAAGGGCUUCGUGGACAUUGUGACCCUGCUGAGCAAAUGCCCAUACCUAGACAUCAACCACCAGGAUAACGAUGGGAACACGGCACUCAUGAUUGCUGCUCAAGCAGGACACAUCACGAUCGUUAACUAUCUCCUGAACUACUACCCCCUGCUGGAGAUCGAGAAGAGGGAUGUGCGGGGCCUGACGGCGCUGAUGAAGGCGGCAGUGCAGGGGCGGAAGGAGUGCGUCACUGCACUGCUCAUGGCAGGAGCUGACCUGGCGGCGGUGGAUCCUGUCCGGCAGAAGACAGCCCGGGAGUGGGCAGGUCUGACCGGGCGCUUUGAGACCAUCGUGCAGAUCCGGAGCAUCCUGCAGCGCCCCCGAGCUGAGCAGUUCAGUGACCGGUACCGGCCCGAGUGGCCGGCACUGCCCGAGCUGGUGGCCAAGGCGCUGGCCAGUAAAUCCAGAUGCGAGAGGCUGAUGGAAAAGAUUUGCUCUGCCUUCAGCCUCAAUUUCCCACACGAUCCCGAGGCCGACGGGGUGAUGGACCACAUGGUGCGGAUGACCACGUGCCUGGCCAGCCCCUUUGUGACCACUGCCUGCCAAACCAUCUGCCCCGGGAGCCCGCCGGAGGUGGGCAAGCAGAGGCUAUCAGUGCCGGAGAUCCUCAAGGAGUACAGGCCAGAUCCUGAGACCAAGUCCGAGCCCGGCUCGUCCUCCUGCAACAGCCAGGCUGCAUCGGAGUCCCGCGUCCUGGUGCCGUACCAGAGCACCACCGGCCUUCUGAGCUUCUUCCCCCUGCGGCUGCUGCGCAGGAACAGCGUCUUCCCCGGGGGGCAGGUCCCCAAAAUCAAGCUGGUCAAGGCCUCCUCCCCGCCGGCCUGCAGGAAGGAGAAGCUGCGGCGGUCGAGGAAGAACAAGAACCUGCUGGAGCCACCCAAGUGGAAGUACAAGGAGCUGAAGGAGGAGAAGAAGAAAGCGGUGGAGGAGAAGCAGAAGGAGACGAACACAAAGAAGAGCAAAGGGAAGACGUCGUAG